UUCGAAACCCUAGACAUACAAAUAAGUAUCCCCAACCGCCUCAAAAAUUCGUCGAUCAUUUCUUUCCUCUCACUCUCUCUGUCUCUUUGCGUGGCUCGCGCUCCCUGUCACUGCGUCUUCGUCUUCCAUUUCUACGAAGGGGGAGAGGAAAAAGAGGAAGGAAGGAUGUUGGAGCUACGGCUGGUGCAGGGGAGCCUUCUGAAGAAGGUGUUGGAGGCCAUCAAGGAUCUCGUCACCGACGCCAACUUCGACUGCUCGGCCACUGGUUUCUCCCUGCAGGCCAUGGACUCCAGCCAUGUUGCCCUCGUCGCCCUCCUCCUCCGCUCUGAGGGCUUCGAGCAUUACCGCUGCGACCGCAACCUCUCCAUGGGCAUGAACCUCAACAAUAUGUCCAAGAUGCUCAGGUGCGCCGGCAACGACGACAUCAUCACCAUCAAGGCCGACGAUGGCAGUGACACCGUCACCUUCAUGUUCGAGAGCCCCAACCAGGACAAGAUCUCGGACUUUGAGAUGAAGCUCAUGGACAUCGAUAGCGAGCAUCUGGGUAUCCCGGAAGCCGAGUAUCACGCCAUAGUGAGGAUGCCGUCGUCGGAGUUUUCGAGGAUUUGUAAGGAUCUCAGCACAAUUGGUGACACUGUGGUGAUCUCCGUGACGAAGGAAGGUGUGAAGUUCUCGACUAGUGGCGAUAUCGGCACUGCCAACAUUGUCUGCCGCCAGAAUACCUCUGUCGACAAGCCCGAGGAAGCCACGAUCAUAGAGAUGAACGAGCCGGUGUCCCUAACGUUUGCGCUGAGGUAUAUGAACUCUUUCACGAAGGCGACGCCGUUGUCGAACACCGUCACUUUAAGCCUUUCGUCGGAGCUGCCUGUAGUGGUGGAAUACAAGAUUGCCGACAUGGGUUACAUCAGGUUUUACUUGGCUCCGAAGAUUGAAGAUGAAGAGGUUAAUUCAUAGAGAUAAUCUUGAUUAUCUGUUUACGAUGUUAUCACCAUGUGUUGGAUGCACUUCGUUUUCAUUUCACUUUUCCCAGCUGUUGGAUGUAUGAACAGUAUAUGAUUCCGUUACCAAGCGAUGUUUCACUUAUAAAUGCUCAA